AAUGCGUGAUGUCUGGGAGGCUGGACCUGCCUGACUCUCUCUCUCUCUCUCUCUCUCUCUUUUACGCUCUCUCUCCCUCCUGUCCUCCCUCCGCUCAGUUUCUCUUCUUGUAUGCCAUUUGCCGUCGUGCGCGUGCCCACUCGCUGUCCACUUGCUGUACUCGGCUGGCUCUUUUUUUAAAUUUCAUGAUUAGCCAGUCUGCCCGACGCCGAUUCGGACGCGAUGCGCGCCGUGUAUCAGAAAAUGAUCCGCGAGAUUAACUCUGCUGUUAUGACCAUUUAAACUGGUCAGUGUCCCGCGCCGGAAAAGACCUUUUUUGGACACCAGGAGGACGUGUCGUGUUUGUUAACGUUGCCAGACUUUUUGCUCUUGCCCGUUAGAGAAGCAACUGUGCUUGAAGUUCCCUCAUCUUUUGGAGCGACCAUGCCCGAGACCACGCCAGACACGCGCGCCUCGGCCAAAGACUCCCCGUUCUCUAUUAAGAACCUUCUGAACUGUGACAGCAAGCCGGCCAAGCCCAAACCCGUACUGGCCACAGUCAAGCAGGUCGGGCUGGACGGCGGCUUCUCGCUCUCGCACGAGUUCGGCUUUCCGCGCUUCGAGCUGCACAACCAGAGGCUUGCGCUGCCCGCCUACCUGGAGCGCGCGUCUGCUUGGUGGUAUCCGUACACGCUGAGCGCGGCCACGCAGCUCCACAGGACAGAAGCAGAGAAAGUGAGCGCGCGGGCAUGCUCCCCAGCCUCAGACCGUGUCUCGCCGGAGCUCGCGCUCAAAACCGAAGCAGACGCCAAAGAAGUGGAGGAAGAGGAGGAUGACGAUGACGCCAAGAGCGGGGACGAGAUCGUGCUGGAGGAAAGCGACACGGAGGACGGGAAAAAGGACUCAAGCGAAGGAGGGGCGGGAGGAGGAGGGAGUGGAGAAGACUGGAAAAAGAGUGACGUGGACGGGGGUGCGUGCGACAAGAAGCCGUGCCGCAAGAAGAAGACGCGCACGGUGUUCUCGCGCAGCCAGGUGUUCCAGCUAGAGUCCACGUUCGACGUAAAGCGCUACCUGAGCAGCUCAGAGCGCGCGGGCCUCGCCGCCUCGCUUCACCUGACCGAGACACAAGUCAAGAUCUGGUUCCAGAACAGACGCAACAAGUGGAAGCGACAGCUCGCGGCCGAGCUUGAGGCGGCCAACCUCAGCCACGCGGCGGCGCAGCGCAUCGUACGAGUGCCCAUCCUCUACCACGAGAGCGCGGCAGCAGCGGCGGCUGCUGCAGCAGCGGCGGCAGCGGCCGAAAGUGCAAGCGUCGGCGUGAGUGCGCCCGGGAGCGCGCCCGCCAGCCAACCACUGCUCACGUUUCCCCACCCAGCAUAUUACUCACAUCACCCGGUGGUCACCUCCGUGCCCCUGCUCAGGCCGGUGUGAGGCGAUGAGAUGGGGUCCAUAGACUGCUUUUGUACUUUUUAUUUUAAUUUUUUGUAACUUAUGACGUUACAAAGACUGCCUAAAAUAUAGAUACACUCAUAAAACAGAAGAAAACUAGAGGAUAUUUUUCUAAAGCGAGGAUUUUUUGUUUCGUUUUUUAAAGGAGAACUGUCAUUUAAGUUAAUUGCUUUGUUUGUUUUUUGUUCAACAAGUGAUCACUUGUUUGUUUCGUUUAUUUCCAACAAGGAAAACUGCUGUGUAUUUAAGUACGUUUUGGUUUUUUUUUUCCCCCAAAAAAACGCACCUGUCAUUAUUAAAACAUUUUACAAAUUGAGACAAUUGAUUAUUGACACAUAUGGAAGUAAAUUAUUAUUAUUAUUAUUAUUAUUAUUAUUAUUAUUAUUAUCCAGACUCUAAAUUGUCUCAGAAAAAAACACUAUUUUACAUUACGACAGGAAAUCCAUACUAUUCACACCUCUUUUGUACAGCCUAUGAAAUUAAACUUACCCACUGUGUUUACACUGAGCGGAAACGUUUCGGUUUUAUUUUUAAACUGUGUGUGCAAUAGCCUACUGUGAGGACUUUGUAUGCUAUCUGGGCAACUGACCACUUUAACACGUUUCCCUUCUGAUUCCUCCUUUUGAAGCAUCUGGUUUAAGGAGGACCGAGUCCUUUAACUCGUCUGGUUUAAAUGGACAAUCAUGCAUUUGGCUCAAGUCAGCAUUUUUAUUAUUGUUAUUAUUAAAUAAACCGAAUUGAAUCUGAGCCCUGAACCAGAGGUUAAAGUUUAACUCGAAUAACCUCGGUUACUGAUGUGUAUGUGAAGAUACCAUAUUUAAUCCUGUUGAGAAACGUUCUUCUUUGUACAGCAAGAAUAAACCCUUUUUGAUAUUGUA